UCACAAACUUGUGUUCAACUGCAUGACCAAGAAAUAACACGACUUAAAUCAAGCGCAUACACUGCAAGGGCUUAGUUAGUAACUUCAGUUUGGACUUUUCCCUAUCAGGCCUGAAAAUAAAUGCCGCUAAAUGAAACUGCCCCAAUAUAUAUGAAAGCGAAGAGGAAAUACUGUACGUAAACUCAUAUCCAAAAGGUGGAACCAUUAAACUCUGGCUCGAGUUUCACAUCGGAAACUUUUUCAUGUUGUACUUCAUGUACAUUGACGCCGCAGCUAUGUCGAUGAUAUCUCAUGGCUUUAAAAGCAGCAAGCAAGACUUCACAUUUGGGCCAUGGAAAGUCACCUCAGCAAAAACCCAUAUAAUGAAAUCUAAAGAUAUCGAGCAGUUAGCUGAGGAGAUGCACAUGCCGUCUCUCCCAGAGAUGCUUUUUGGAGACAACGUGCUGCGCAUUCAGCACACCGACGGCUUCGGCAUUGAGUUCAAUGCUAUCGACGCCCUCAAGCGCGUCAACAAUUUACAACACUCGGUACAAGUGGCAUGUGCCCAGGAGUGGCAGGAAAGCAGAGCCGAUUCUGAGCACAAGGACGUAGUAAAGCAUUAUGACUGGACGUAUACAACAGAUUACAAAGGGACGUUGCUUGGUGAAGACCUGCAGAUAAAGGUGUCUGCUACAUCAGAUCGGAUAGACCUGGAGAAACUGAAAGCUCGGGAGCAGAUCAUGUUCUUCGAGGAUGUGUUGUUGUUUGAGGAUGAGCUCCAUGAUCAUGGUGUAUCUAUGAUUAGUGUGAAAAUUAGAGUGAUGCCCACUAGUUUCUUUGCGCUGCUGCGCUUCUUCCUGAGAGUGGAUGGAGUUUUGAUUCGGAUCAACGACACACGGCUCUAUCACGAGGCUGGGAAAAACUACAUGCUGCGGGAGUUCAGCUCACGAGAAAGUAAAGUAUCAGCACUUCAGCAUGUUCCUCCUGCCUUGUACACAGAACCUAAUGAGAUUGUUCAGCAUUUACCACUGACCAUCAUGGAGUGCGAGAAACUCGAAUUCCCAGAGCAACAGCCACCAACCGAGUCUCCACAGUGACCCAUAGAUUACGCGUCAAACCUCAGAGUGCUGAUCUAGGACCAGUCUGUUGCAGCUUUCUGACUACAACCACAGUAUAUGCACCCAGAUCAGCAUUCAGACAUUGAGACUUUUGAUGCCUGUGAACCCAGAAAUGGAGCUAUAACAAGCUGCAGGUCUGUAUCUUCCUAGAAGUCCAUCAGUCCAUCAGCUCUCUUUAAAAACUUUUAUAAGGAAUCAAACACUUACUGUAUGCCUCAGUCACUGUUACUGGAUCAUUAAAUCUGUUUGAGUUGUAUUCACACACACACAAUGUAACCAAAAUGUCAAAGAUUGAUUACGAUGAUAAUAACAGGGAUUUUUUUUUUUUAUGAAACCAGUAGAAAGAGACACGUUUUGUUGGUUGAUUAUUGGUCUGAGGUGUGUUGAAAUACAAGAAUUGAAAAGUGUUUGUGUAAUGGUCACUCUUCUAUGUGUUUGUGUUUUACAUAAAUAAAUCAGAAAAUAAAGAGGUAAUGUAAAUAAUAGAAACAAAAUCCUUGAUUUUUUUUAAUCAGUCUGUAGUUAUGGUUGUAAUUGUCAAAUUAUAAAUAAGAGUUCUGAAAAAGAAAUGAUUCAGCGGGUGGGGCUAGAUAAGAGCUCAGCUUAUAUCAUCACCAUAUAAAUUCAAAGCUGUUGAUGUCAAAUGUGCAAUUACAGAGUACACAGAUUCACACCUGCGUGCUGAGCAAACUAGAUAUACAACACAGCCAGUAAUGAUAACAUACAGGAUCACAUUCAUUAAGGCUUCUAGUGUGGAACGACCAAAAACCUGCAGCUCAUCUGUUUUAUUCAAUGUUGACAUCAGAGAAGUUUACAUGCACAGUUUCUUAUUGAUCACAACUCAUAAUAUCUUUUUCCUCGAAUAUAUUGCAUGUUUCGCAUAAAUUUGUUCAAAUUUUCUAUGUACAUAUACAGAACAGUUCUAUCAUUUAUAUUAAGAUAAAUUAGACAAUGUAUUAAUGUAAAGGCUUUACACUAUUGUUUUUUUUGUUUGUUUGUUUGUUUUUUUAAAAAAAACAAUUUACUGACAAUUUUGAAAAACAACACAAAAAGGAAUAAUAACGCAUGCACUGUAAGAAAGAGUAAUAUGGACAGUUUUGCAGCUGAUGAAAAGCAGACACAUGGUAUAUUCUUGCGAAGGACAUUCCAUAAUCUGUGCUCCAUUAAUAGGAAGUCAAUUCAC